GUGAACACGACGAACUUCUAAACUGCCAAGACCAACAGAAAAUUACUGCUUUAAAUUAUAGUCUUAGUGUGUUGAUUUUAUUUAAAAAAUGAAAUGAUAUUUAAUGAGAUAAUAAGUACUGUUUUAAUGUUAAGCUAAUCUCUUGCACAAUUUUAUAUGUAACCCAGCACAUUUUUGCUGUGCUCUGCUACGCCGAAAAGCGAAAGGUUGAAGUUGCAUCAUGUGUUUUCGUUUUUCUUUUCUGUUCUAAACGUUAUGGUUUCUUUGGAUAGAUCUUCGUUGCCUUUUGAAGAGAGGCCAAUACACGCUGGCUCUAUUGUCAGUUAUGGUGGCAGUGUUGUACCAAUGGUGGAAAGUACAGGAAAAACUGACUGGGAUUUUCAAAGACGAGAACAUGUGAACUGCAAUGAAGGUUAUGGAAAUGUUGCCCUAGCCAGUAAUUAUUCCAGUCCUGCAAACUAUGUGUCACAACUUGCAGAAAGCUGCACACCAUACAGACACCAUAAUAUGUGUGGAAACAACUCAUUUGAUUACACUGCAGAAGAAACUAUUUACAACCAGAACCAAAAUUACUCCCAACAGUCACAAUUCCCAAGGGACUAUGGUCCUUCCCCAUCAUGCAAUUUUACAAGCUUCCAAGAUACAGCAUUGUUAUCUAAUCUACCUGAUGGAUAUGGGGUUUGCUCUCAAAGCUUUUCAGCCCCUGUUAGUGAGAUCAGAUGGACUGUGAAUAGAGAGGGGGCAGUGCAUAGCUCAACAUGGUCUGCUCCCUUGUGCCAACCACAUGUUGUUAGUCAACCAGUCUGUACUGAUUGGCAACAGCCCUUGAAUCUUGACCCAAAUGUAAUGGUUUGGCCUUACAACCUACCAUCCUGCAUGUAUCAGAGGCCCCAUAGAACAGAAAUGAGUGAAGCUAUCAGUGGGGACAGUGGUGGAAGCCAGCAGCUUGAGAACUUGCAAAUUUCAAGGAGCCACGUCGUUCAAGUUUCAGUUGCUGGGGACAACCAGCAUGGGAACUCUGUGGAGCCAACAGCAGGGCCUGGGGAAGGUGUGACAAUAGGGGACAACUUGCACAAGGCAAGAAAGCGAAAGGGGCACACCAGCAUAUCAUGUGACCACACCAGCACAUCAUGUGACAAAAAGAGGAGAUUUGGUGAUAGCCAAAUGACAUCCAGUCAGACUUAUGUUGAACAGCAAACAUUUGACAGUGCAUUCCAUGAAGACUUACCAAGUGCCUGUGUAAAUGAAGACUUCUCAUCGAGUGCUGUGUCAGAGGACAUAAGUGAAAAUGAACUUCUCAUGGUCUCUGGUUGUCCAGUUGCUCCACAUUCUCUGGAGCCACCCGUUAACCAACAACAGUUGGAAGAGGUUCUCCCUGAGAACCCGGUUGGUGAGCUAAUCCAAGACUCUCCUCUUGCCACUUCAACGCCCCUCAGAGCCAAACCUUGUAAGCUAAAUGAGCAAGAAGAGGAGGAGGAAGAAGAAGCUUUACAAGGGGCUGUUUCCAAUGCUUCCCAAGAUAAAGCCACAGUGGGACCUUAUUCUGGAAAAGAAGGCCAGGAGAUGGUUAGUGGGCAGAUUUCUGAGCCAGUGAAAGAAAUUCUUGAUCUUAUGGAGACUGAGAACAUAUCUGGGUCUGAAACAAUGCCAUGGUCUAUUUUAUCUGUACAAGGUGCUCCUUUACUCCAUGCAACUCACAACAAGCAGAUGGAGGUAAGUCCAGUUGGCAUAUCUACUUGUACAAGUAGUGAGCUGUUGAAUCCAACCAGUCCAAAAUCUAGUCAAGGUAGUUGUGGAACAAACAACAAGCAAAAAGGAGAGGGCCAUAUUGUAGAAACUGGACUUUCCGUGUUCCCCUUGCCUGAACCAAGAGAGCAGACCCAGUGUGCAGCAGACGACAUGAGAAGUUUGAUUGAUGAGCAAACUGUCAAAAACCAGAAGUACCAGGUUCAUGUUGAUGACAUUACCAAAUUAACAUACUCUACACAUUCUCCUGCUAUGUUCGCUGGUGCCACGCUGAGCCCUCCUUAUGCUAGAGAAGACAUUGGAACUUCAGUCAAACGAGCCUCACCAGAUAGCCCCUUGAUUCGCCAAUUGUUGUCCUUGCCAAAUAGAUCCUCUACCAUUGGUCAAUCUUAUUUAAGUCAGCCGUUUGUCUCCAAUCAGCAACCGCAAAAAGGAUUUGCAUGUACAUUGUCAAGGGGAUCAAUAGUAGCAGGAAGGAAACAUGAUCUUUAUCAGAACAAAAACUCUGUUGCCCCUUUAUUGGAUAAAAAUGGAGCUCUUUUUGACAAGGUUGUGGGACUGCCCUCUAGUGGUUAUGUAGAUUGGAACCAACCAAGAGAAGGGAAGAGACCAGAUGUGAACUACUUCAGUGGUCAGCCUCUAAUGGUCUCUGGACAGAAUUGUGACAGCCAGGGGGAAAAUGUUCAGAUUGGAACAGUUUCACUGCCUCCAGUACCACCAUGGCGUGUUUCUACAUGGAAGCAAACCAAAGGAAUGCAUAAGCCAAGGAAUUUUAGAAUGAAGGAGCUCCAAAUUGGAACUUUUAAGUUUUCUAAUAGCAGCAUAGAGGGCCCAGUGCCACUGCUAGCUAAAAUCAAGCUUAUUUUCUCCACCAGGAAGCUGGUUUACCAGUUUGAAACGGGCACCUUCCCACAUAAUAGGAAUGUGAAACUUCUGGUUAAUAUAGAAGUUCCAUUCAGCACCAUAGUUGGUCUUCAUGCCCACUUCAGUACCAUCCAGGUGGAAGUGAACAGAGCUCCGUAUAUUUUUCCUGGUUACAAGCUGGUAACCGAGGGAAGCUCCUACCAACCUUUCUUUCAUACCAGGCAUAUAAAUGACCACUGUGAUGUCACUGGGGGUCAGUUUAAGACCUGUCCAUACCACAAGAUAACUUUGAAGAUGAACACGGCUUUAAACUUCAAGAAAUAUUUGUCUGGUUUUGAUGAGAGACUAGAUGGAUUGUUUAAGAAGCCAUUCAUUGAGCUCACUGGCAAAACUCUGCCAGUUGUUUCAGGGUUUGGGGAAGGAAAUAACAUUUAUCCUGGCAUAGAUUUUUCUAAUCCUAUUGAAGAACCAACAAAGACCCCAGUCAUGCUUACAUCACAGUUAGAAGGCAGUGCCAGAUGUGAAUGCACUGUGUCUGGUGCAGAGGGAGGCAUUUGCUCCACCCUGUCAUGUGGAUGCUUGUCUUUGGGAAAGAAAUGCAGUGAUUGCCAGUGUAUUGGGUGCACAAACCCUUUGAAUAUCCUCACUCAAGUUGGCAUUGGACUGCAAGAAAUACAAGAUGACCCUUGUUUAUUUCAAAAUCUGACCAAGAUUCAGAACCUUCCCCAGUAUCUGGAGUGUAACAUACAUUUCCCCUGCUGUGGAUGUAGUGCCAAGCUGAAGUACUGUAUCCCCUCCACAGUGCUGUGUCCCAACUAUCCUGCUUGCAAACAGGCAUACAAGUACUCUUGGUGUAUAGGUGAGUUGUGCAGUGAAGUAGACAGCCCCAGGAAUCAUUGUGUUGAAUGCAAGUACUGCAGGAGAACUGGAGAUGUGCAUUGUCAGAAGUGCAAGAGAUGUUACUUCUCAGGGCCAAGUGGAUUCCGUUGUCCAGGGUGUACGGAGACGGACCUAAACAGUAGCUCUCCAAACCACCUAAUAGACCUGUUUAAUGCCAUGGUGACAGACAUGAAGACAUGGAACAGUGACACUGCUUAAAUGUCAUUUGGAAAAGGAAAGGACUGUCUUGUCAACAUGAUGACAGGCUUGGACCACAGGAAAAAGGGACAGGAAAUGUAUGUUCAUGUGAUUUGGUUGGAAAAACUAAUCGUCGAUAGUGACUGUGCAUUUUGGUUUGACUAAAGGGCUUUGUAUACCAUUGUAACUGUGAACCAUGGCAACAGGGAUUUGUUACCUCUUGUUUACAUGGAAUAUUUGACACCUAGAAAAAGUCCUAUCAGAUGCAUAGGAGUUUUGUGAUACAGUGAUUUGUCAGCUCUUGUUUACAUGGAAUGUUUGAAACCUAGAAAAAGUUGUAUUAGAUAUAUAGGACAGUUUUGUGGCAACAGUGAUUUGUUACUUCUAGUUUACAUGGAAUAUUUGACACCUAAAAAAGUGGUAUUAGAUGUAUAGGACAGUUUUGUGGCAACAGUGAUUUGUUACCUCUAGUUUACAUGCAAUAUUUGACACCUAGAAAAAGUCUUAUGGGAUGUAUAGGACAGUUUUGAGGUGCAGGUGACAUUUGAGUUUGCCUGUUUAUAUAGUGAUCGGCCUCUUUUUUUUUUUCCUCUUUGCAAGAUCAUGAUUUUAGUGAAUUAUUUUUGGCUGGUCCUCCUCAGACAUAUAGUGAUACCAAUGACAGACAACAGUAAUGAUUUAAUGUUAAAAUUUGCAAAAAUUCUUGUUCUUAGUGGUGAUGGCAUGGGCCUAGAAAUGUGUAGGGACAUACGGAUUACUUUUCUCUAUGAACUGUCUAGAUUUUACAUGGGUUUUUUUAAAGUAACAUUUACAAACGUCACAGAUACAUGCUUCUAUUCCAGUUUAUUGGAUUCUUUGUAUAGGUUGAUUGGUAUCUUAAAGUGCUUUCGAGUUUUUAGAGACUUUUUCAUUGAGCUUAGAAUAGACUUCUGACUUGCUUAUCAAGAUUCUAGUUAAAUGUAGACAUAGAUUUUUCUUGCUUUGUAUUAAUGUCCUCACCAGUCUAUCAUUGAUUAAUGUAGGUAUCUUUUUGAACAUCCCCCCAUUUUAACCCAAGUUACAGUAUAUAAUUUUUUUGUUGUUGUUGUUGAAGUGGACCCAUCAAACACUACCAAGGUGGGUUGUCAUAUUAAAGGGAUAACAACUCUUCGUAUGAGAAAUAUAUUUUACAGUAAAAACAUUGUAAACAACCCGUAAAAAUACCGGGGGUAUAUUCUAUUUUACCACAAAAAUGGCAGUUGAAGCAAUUAUUCUGAAAUCUGCACUUGCCAUUGGACCAUGCGACCUCAUAGAUGGCUCUACUCUAAUAAUCUCUUAAGAGAUUAUUACAAAAAAAAAACUUUCUAGAAAA